AGAGUAGGCCAUCAUUUUGUUUACAACCGGAUCACCAAUCGGAUUGAGGCGCAAAAUCCAUCUCCGCUUUCAUAUUUCUGAAACAUCUCAAGGAAAGACACAUCGAGUGCAGCUCGUAUGAAUGGAUAGUGCAUUGGUAUUCUCCCUGCUCCGAAAUUUAUACCAAUGGAGAACAUAACACUUGCACCGAAUUUUACCAACAGCUGUUUUUACGAUGAAAACAAAAAGAUCCGAUUUGAUCCGCCGGUGUACGAGCAGCGGUACUGGACCAUUAUUCAUCUGCUCGAGCUGGAUUACUGGAAGGAUUCGUUCAAGAAGAUCGUUGAGUUUGGCUGUGCCGAGAUGAAAUUCUUUCGACUGCUCCGUACACUGCCAGCGGUAGAGAAAAUAUUAGAGGUCGAUAUCGAUGAGCGACUUCUACGGCAAUGCAAAAACUUGGUCCAACCACUGCUCACCGACCACUUAUCGCCCCCGGUUAAACCGCUCACGGUGGAGGUAUGGCGUGGCAACAUUGCCGAACCGCACGAGUGUCUCGAGGGCACGGACGUUGUGAUAGGCAUCGAAAUCAUCGAACAUUUGCACCAGCCCGUCCUGGACAAGGUGCCGGAGAAUGUGUUCGGUUUUGUCCGACCAAAGGUGGCUCUGUUUUCCACUCCCAAUGCUGAAUAUAACGUCCUGUUUGAUGGUCUGUUGGCGAACGGAUUCCGCCAUGACGAUCACAAGUUCGAGUGGACGCGAGCAGAGUUCGAGGCGUGGGCUGAAUCCAUCUGCCAGCGGUAUCCCGAUUAUCGGGUCAAAUAUUUCGGCAUCGGACCGGCCCCGGCUGGCUCGGAAGCGAUUGGCUGUGUGAGCCAGCUGGCGGUAUUUGUACGGCGUGAUUUCAUUGAUGCUUUGCCACCGGUUGUCGCAACGGAACAGCGAUCGGUUGCCAACGUUUUGUCAGAGCAGCCUGCAAAUGCAACCACCCCCUCAGGGCCACAGGCAGUGUAUGAUCCCAAUAUAGGGGAAGUGGUUUUAGUACAGCCGGCACAACCUACUGAGCCCAGUGCAGAGGCUGCUGCCGGCGGUGAACCAGCCAUCAGCGGCGCUGGAGCGGUGGUGGAACACUGUUUCUCGAUCGGUGACGAUGUCGUUGCUGAAGAACGGUGGCGAGAGUAUGGAGAUGUUAUUGACGAUCUGGACCAUGGUGACAGUGACGAUGAGUACGGUUACGGUGGCGAUGCAGGCGGCUACGGUGACGAUGACGACGAGUUUGGAUCCGCGAUCGAAAUGCACAUACCGGAGGAGGAAGCGCGCGCAAUGCGCACAAGAAACGAUAGCGGUAAUUUCGAGGAAGAGGAACCGAUCGAACCGGACCGUGAGUAUUGGCUGAUUUCGAGCGAGGUGUACCCGGUGGCGCUGCCGGAUGAUCGGCCCCGCGAGCAGCGUAUACGCGAGGCGGCAGAAUAUCAGCUACGACGGUUGCGCAAUUUUGGCGAAGAUUUCCUCGCACCCGAGCAGGAUCGGUAUCUCGUGCCGCUGAGUGCGGUGCACAAUUGUAUGGGCAUGGAGGUGGCUAGUUUGGAGGAGGUGCGACAGGUGCUGAUACGGGCGGAGUAUCAGAUUGGAGCGGAUGAUGUGAUCGUUUUGCCGCUGGAGGAUGACGACGAGGAUGAUGAUUCGGAUGAGGGACGGAUUGACGAUUACGGCGAGUACGAGAUGGACGAUCAGUAUCCGGCGUGGGAGCCGGAGGAGGACGAGGCGACUGCCAAGGCUCGCCAGGGCGUGACCGGUAUGACGUUGGAAGAUUGUGACGAAACCUGGGACUGAAUGUUGGCUGUCCGUCUCAAUGAAGGGGGGUGGGAGGGGAAUAUUAUUUUGAUUUAUCUUAUAUUUUGGGACACACGUUUAUUUACCGUGAACUUAAAUAUGAAAUACAAAUUAUCGUGAUCGUGA